UCUGCCUGGAUCUAUCACAGUGGACACGGUCGUCCCUGGUGGUACGAGCUAUCGAACAAUGACGAAUCAGACGCUCAACUCCGGCUUCGGCACCCUCAGCUGGGAUAUCGACGUCUCGGCAGGGAGCGAAGUUGCCUUCGUUCUCGGUGACUACGGAAACCUCAACAACAUCGGCAAUCCUGUUGUCCUUAGUCAACUCAUGAACGUCGGGCCAGGCACAUCGAAUUGCAGCGCGUCGAUCCCACAGAGCGUUUCUCCCGUGCCCUUCUCCACGGCGACCGGAUUAACAUCAGCCACCGGAAUGUCCAUAAGCAGUGACAGCUCCAACAACGCUGGAGCUAUUGCCGGCGGCGUUAUCGGCGGCGUUUCUGGCGUGCUCCUCAUCAUCACGAUCGCUCUAUUCGUGAUGCGGAUGCACAACCGCAGGAAGCGUAUGGCAGCACAACAACAGUUCGCCCUCAAAAUUUGGAGACAUUCCGGACCUGACAGGUCGGCGCAAGCUGGAAAAAGGUACACCGACCUUCCGGAAGAACCGGAACAGAGUAUGCCGGUACAGAGUAUGCCGGUUCGUGGCGAGGCGUCUUGAAUCAACUCAUGUACUCUGAAGUUUCUCCGGCUCGACUCUGGAUUGUCCUUUGUUGUAACCAUGCAUAUUCUCCACACGACCAGCAUGAGAACCAAACCGGUAAUGCACGUUA